AUGUCCUUCGUCACCUCAGUAGCCUCUCCAGCAGCCUUCACAGUUGUUGCAAGGCCAGACAGCAGCACACCGAUAAACGCAAGCAAGGGGGUCGACAAGAGUACGAGAAGGAUGGAGGGCCCAAGCACUCAGGUCAUCAAUGGUGGCCUCUACAGCCAUUUCAUCCCUGAAGACUAUGCUCUCCUCGACAUUUUCUAUGUGCCAUCUCUGAAAGAUCUCGCUAUCAAGGUAAACAAGAUGGUGGCACAUGCUUUAUGGCAUAUCACUGAUGACGAGGAUUGUUUCGAGGACAUUGGAGGGCCCAACACGGUGAAAGCUGGGUUUCCGUCUACGUACUGGCCAAAGUGUUUUGUUACUUCGUAA